CUUCCCUGUUAUACGGCUGAGACUUUACUCCGUUUGUUGUUUAAGAGCCACAGGACAGAUGAAUAAAGACAAAUAGAUUCAACUUUUUUGUAUUUUUAAUACUUUUUCUGACACACUUUUCCUCCUGUGGAUUUUAACCCCUCAGGGUCACCAUGGUAAACCACAACCCACCCAGGAUUAUACUGAUGUUUGUCGGAUUAUUUACCUUAUUUCCUGCAAUUACUUUAAACUUUCUUUCAGGCUUUGGAGAUUAUUCAGGUGUCUUCAGGCAGCGUACAGAAGAUGUCUCACUCAAGUACAUAACAUCUGUAACUCCUGCUCAGUGGACGUUUUUCGUGUGGGAUUUCAUUUACUUUUGGUUUUUUGCCAUGUUUGUGUACUUGUUGGCUGGACUUUGUAGAAGGAGUACAUAUGAGUGGAUGUAUACCACACCUGCAGUGUUGCCUUAUGGGUUUCAUGUCAGCAUCAUCAUUUACCUUAGCUUGAACAUCACCUGGCUCUUUCUGUAUGACAGAGAGAUGCUGCUCCCAGUGCUCAUAACCGCAGCUCUAAUGACACUAACUGAUUACAUGAUGCUAUUUUUCUCCUGCCAUGGGCUAAAGAUUUAUGGUGCCUGGCUGAGCAAACAUCGCAACGCAGACCUCUGGAUGUUCAGGAUAUUGGUACAAAAUGGAGUGGCAGUGUAUGCCACUUGGGGGACACUCUCCACUUUGCUGAACCUGACAAUCUACUUGCAGCAUCAGACGGAAGCAUCUCGAUAUCACUGCACAAUGUUGUCACUGCUGCUGCUCCUGAUGGAGCUGUUAGUGUGGUUUCUGUUGGAGAACUUCUAUCUUGAUAAGCACCUACGCUAUACUGUGACCAUCUACCCUGUAGUUAUCCUGUGGCUGACAGGCAUCCUAGACAACAAUGCAUCUCCUGGUACCAAUUUGUACAUCCUUGAAGUUUUGAUCCUGGUGAUUGCCUGUGUCCUGCUUGUUGUUCGCAUCAUCCUGGUGGCGUGGAGGCAUCACAAACAACCUCUUUACACGGACAAUGAACUCAGUUUGACUCCAGUGGAAAUAUCGUUGUCACAACCCAAUCUUUUCCUAUGAAUACUUUCCUGUAAUGAUGAUAAAAUAUUACAUGUACAUAGAAAGAAGAAUUUUUACAUCAUGAAUGCUUAGGAUGUCAUUCCACUUUCUUAAGAAAACGUGAAACAUCAUGCAUACCUUAGACUGCUGGAGAUAGACACCAGUCUCCCUGAAAAACUGAAAGAAUAAGCAGAUUUGGACAAUGGAAGGAUGUAUACCUCUUGGAAAAGUGUUGUACAAUGUUGUUUGUUUAUAAAUGACAACAACAAUAUAACUUUUGAAUACACUGGAAUAACUUAUGGGAAAUAAAUUACAAUACAUUGAGGAGUGGAGUGUACUCUGCAAGCAUGCUUUUUUGCAACAGUUAGAAAAUUGAAGCUACAAGUGGCAUCACCAAGUCAUGAUAAUGAAACUGGGUUUCUACUGAUUUUUUUACUCUGUUUCAUGUGUAUGAAAUAUUUUCUAUCUUAUCAUAUCAAACAUACAUGGGUGGAGUUUACUGAACAGCACUAGGGACCAUGUGUUCUCAGAUCAGACUAAAAUAUUGAUUGGCACCGCCAUUUUCUGCAGUGAGGACCCUGUGUGUGACACAAUUAGGUUAAAGGACAAAAAGCCAAGUUAUUUACACAAUAACCUGGAACUAACAUAGUUCUACGUGAUACACAUUCCAUAUUGUAUGUUCUAUAUCAAAAAAUAGCAAUAUCCACUAAAAUUAGAAUAUGAAAGAAAAACAAAACAUGCAUUUUUUUAAUUAAUAAAACUCUAUAUUGUCCACUUAAGCUAGUUUUCAACAUAAAUUCCAAAAAAUGUCUUGAUUUUUGUCACCUACGUCCAUAAGGGAUUUUAUUUUUGGUCAUGGAACAUAAUAUAUUUAUAUUCUUGAAUUUUCAUUUUGCCCACAGGUUGCAUUAACAUUGUUAAUACAAAUAAAAUUCAUAGGUGGAAAUCAUUGAACUUGCUUAGGAAAACCUCUGAAGAUAAAAUCCAGAUAACUAUAUAGUUUUGUAAUGAUUUAAUCACCAGAGGAAGCAUACACCGUGUCAUUACACUCCAUGUGGGUUCAGAACUUCUGUAAACAAAAAGUGACAUGUAGGUUUAAAGUCAAGAACCUGAAGUGCUUCAUUGACAGCUGAGAGCAAGUCAUAUUUCAUAAGAUCAUAGAAGUCAUGUACAUGAAUGAAAAGGGGCAGCUAAUAAUUUUGACACUAUUAAACUUUAUUCUUGCUGGGAGUUAAAUGUAUGGCUAAGAGAACAAUAAGUUGUUAGAGGUGUUUUUAUUAGUUUUGUAAUAAAUGUUUAAUUAAAAAUAACUAUAUUUUUUCUCCUUGGAGAAAUUCUAUUUAUGGAUCCAGUAGUUGGACUCAAUAACCAAGCUGUUACAACAUGUCAUGGAAAAGUAAUCAGAGCAAGAUCAUAAAAUUUCUCAGCAAAAGCCAAGUUCCAAAGUCCCAUGAACAAGAUAAUAGUACUAAUGCGUUGUCUUCAGAAUCUCCCCUCUGUAGUCGAUCGUACAACGACUUCCAUCAUGUUUCCCCGGAACGAAAAUACUGGUUUCCAUUUAGCGAUGCACGCUGGCAGCAUCUUUCUUGCAAUCAUCACUCAGAUAAUCUCAGAAGUCUUUUUUUACCUGGCGAAGGAAGACAAAGUGCCCAAUGCUGUUUUUCAGACUUCAUCCUGGAAUGUGUCCAAGACUUUCUCCCUAGAGUUGACGAUGGACUCGUGGUCUGAGAACUUCUGGAUCUGGAUUGAUCUGUGGUCUAAAAUGUGGCUUGUUUAUGCAGCUGUGAGCCUCUUCAGAAGAAAUGUACUCGGCCCCCAGUCGUGCAAUCCUGAAAUCCACCCUCCCAAAUUCUUUCUGAUGUGGACUAUCAUAAAUAUUACAAGAGUGUGUAGCAUGCCUAUGUGGGAUAGACACUAUAUCCUACCAGCAGUGUUGUCUAGGUGGAUUUUACCACUUCACAGCUUCUACAUGCUUUUCCUUUCCUACUCCAACCUGAACAAGCAUAAAGCCUGGCUGGCAAUCAACAACCCUGGUGUGAUUCCAUGGACACGUUAUCUGACACAGAAUGGAUUAGCUGUGUUUGCCUGGUGGUCUCUCUUUCAUUCUGUGGUGGGCUUUGGCAUAGUGCUUAAAUAUUAUGCCGGUGUGCAGGACCGAGUGGCCAGUGCCACUGUCCUUUUCAUCAUCUCCGUGUUCAUUAUUACAUGGUUCAUCCUUCAGAACUUCUUCUUGAUCAAGUACAUGUGGCAUACAUUCAGCAUUUAUGCCAUCCUCAUUCUGGGACUGGGUGCAAUGUUCACCAGCAGCUACUCUGUCCAGAAUUUUUCCAUAAACACCGCCUUCUGUGGAGUCCUUAUGCUUCUGAUAACCAUCAUGAGCUUCAUCCAUUUGUUCUCUGCAUGUCUGGAGAAGUCCCACAAGCCUGUUGCUGCAGAGCUGAGACUUGAAGGCUGUGAGACCGUGUGCAAACCAGAAGGGAAUAUUAAAGCCAAACUAGAGAACUGAGUUGAAUUGCAAAAAAAAAAGAGACCAUCAUUUGAUAAAUAGAUUUAUUUAAAAGAACACAAUAAUUAAUUCCGUUGUGUGUCUGAACAAACCUUGUGUACUGACCUCAUUCGCUGAAAAUUUUUAAGUGUGUGGUAUACAUCAUUCACCAAAAGGUGGCAGCAAACGCUUAGAUUAAAAUUGAGAAAUUUAAACUGGAGCUGCACCAGGAGAUGGCACAAUGAUGCAAGCCUUGCAUUUAACAUGCAUAAGGAAAAACUGUUUCUAAAUUAAAAGAAUCAAUACUGGCCUUCUACAGAUGUUAAUUUUAUUAACCUAUGUGGCUUGAAUUGUGCUGCAUUGUAAACUCUCAAAAUAAACGGAGUAAAGCUUAAAA